AUGGAUGAUUUAUCAGCUUACUACUCGAUUGUUCCUCUUCCGCCUCCGGGAUUGCUUCCGAUUGGUCCAAGUAAUACUGUCUACUUGCCUACACACGCUUCUUCAAUCGGUGGUCGUGAUGAGGUUCGGACGCUUUUCGUCGCCGGACUUCCAGAAGACGUCAAGCUCCGGGAGAUCUAUAAUCUGUUUCGUGAGUUCCCAGGAUAUGAAACUUCGCAUCUCCGUAACUCCGAUGGAGCUAAGCCUUUCGCAUUUGCUGUGUUCUCGGAUCUGCAAUCAGCUGUAGCAGUGAUGCAUACUCUCAAUGGAAUGGUAUUUGAUCUUGAAAAGCAUUCUACUCUUUACGUCGAUCUUGCUAAAUCAAACCCUAAAUCUAAGCGUUCAAGAACAGAUGAUGGUUGGGAAAGCUUGAAAAAAACCAAGUCUUGGAGCACCACUACUGACUCUGGUUUUGGCAGCUUUCACACUCCUGGAAUGAGUAGUUCUGCUUACAACACAAUUGUUCAUUCACCUGCACAAAGUCAAGGUAUUGCUAUUGCUGGGAGGGCAACAACUACUGGAAAAUCUAAGAAUGCUGCAGAACCUUGUCCAACACUUUUCAUAGCAAAUAUGGGACCAAAUUGUACUGAAUCUGAGUUAAUUCAAGUGUUUUCCAGAUGCCGUGGAUUCUUGAAGCUGAAAAUUCAGGGCACAUAUGGGACUCCUGUUGCAUUUGUUGAUUUCCAGGAUGUCAGUUGUUCAAGUGAAGCAUUACAUACUCUUCAAGGCACAGUGCUUUACUCAUCCCUCACUGGGGAGGGUUUGAGGCUGCAAUAUGCGAGAUCACGGAUGGGGAUGCGUAAGAAGAUUAAUUAA